AAAAAAAUACCGGAAGUAACUGAUCUCUUCCGGUGCCAUCUUUGCCAUUCAUUCGCCCAUUUCUUUAGCAUAUCGAAAGUGCGUUCGUAGCAUUUAUAAUUAAUCGCAGUGGCACUUUUAAGUUCUACUAAAGUGUAAUUUAAUAUUUAGUUUGGUUCACUUUUGAAAACGAUGGCAAUGAACUGUCUUGUCGCUAGCAUGACCGCUUGCCGACUCGAGCUCACGAUGACGACAACGCUGUAGUUGAACUUGACGCGUGUUGUCUUCUCGCUUGCGAGCCUAGUAAUGGUUUUCCUGAAAUGGCGCAUUCUUUUGAGUCGACUUUCCAAAUCCAAACCGCAGGCAGGGGUCGCGCAGCUGUGGAGACGAUGCGAGACACGCGACGACUUCCUCCACGAAAUUCCAAACGCAAGACACAACGGAAGUACCGCUGUUACAAGAAUGUCAAGUGCAGCGGCUUCAAGCCGAGAUGGACCGAAAAGAGUUUCUAUUGAGGGAAACAUCGCUGUUGGAAAGUCAACCUUUACGAGACUCCUGGAGGCAACUUGUCCAGACUGGCACGUCGUUGCUGAACCUGUCAGCAAAUGGCAGAACAUCGACAGCGGCACCUCCUCAAAGAAGACGGUGAGCAACCUGCUGGACAUGAUGUACCGCGAUCCCCAGCGCUGGUCGUACACCUUCCAGACUUACUCCUGCAUGAGCCGCCUGAAAACUCAGCUGCAGCCCCCUCCUGCUCGCCGCCCCCUCUCACGGGGAACGCCGGUGCAGGUUUACGAGCGCUCUGUCUACAGCGACAGAUACAUCUUCGCCCUGAACAUGUUCGAGCUGGGAUGCAUCAACUCGACUGAGUGGGCCGUCUACCAGGACUGGCACUCGCUCCUGGUGGAACAGUUUGGACACCAGGUGGCGCUUGAAGGCAUCAUCUAUCUCAAAGCGCCUCCUGAGAAAUGUAUGGAGCGCCUGCAGCGACGAGGGAGGCCCGAGGAGGAGAACGUGCAGCUGGACUAUCUCCAAAAGUUACACGAGCAGCAUGAGAGGUGGCUUGUGGAGAAAAACACUGAGAUCCAUUUUGAGUCUUUGAAAAACCUUCCCGUGUUGGCGGUGGACGCCAGCCAGGAGUUUGAGAGCGACCCAACAGCGCAGGAGAACAUCAUGCGACAGGUGAAAGAUUUCUUCAAGGAUUUAUGAAGAGCGAGUCUUGAAUCCGAGCAGAGACCCAAGUUGAAGGGGAUCAGUCAAUAGUCCACUUGAUGUUGUUGGUCUUGGACCGCACCCUUUGAAGCUCACGGUUUUUAUUUAAAUGUUUGUUCUGUUACAGUCACUGGAGAUUUAAUUGGAUACACACACGUACUCACUCCAAUAAGAUCCAAUUAAAGAGCUGUGUCAAAAUAAUGCCUUUAAUAUCUAAUUAUAAUAAAAAGUAUAAACUGUAAAAGUAUAAACUACGAAUGCAUGAUUGACUGCGACAGUGUGCUUCAAACACCUCCGAUAGUGUCAACUGCAUUAUUAUUUUUAUAAAGACAUAUUUUGACACGGUGGAACAGCUGGAAAGCGUUGGCCUCACACUUCUGAGGUCCCGGAUUCAAUCCCGGCCCCAUGUGUGCCGUUUGCAUGUUCUCCCCCCGUGCCUGCGCGGGUUUCCUCCCACAUCCCAAAAACACAUAACAUUAAAUUGCCCCUAGGUGUGAUUGUGAGUGUUUGUCUCUAUGCGAUUGGCUGGCGACCAGUUCAGGGUGUUACCCCGCCUCCUGCCCGUUGACAGCUGGGAUAGGCUCUAGCAUUCCCUGUGAGGAUAAGCGCCAAAGAAAGUGGAUGGAUGGAUGGAUAGUUUAACUUGUAUAUUUGCAGCCAUGUGGUUGAAUUUGAGAUAUGCUUUGUGUUUUUAAUACAUUCCUGGAUGCUCGUCUAAAUAAAGUAUUUCUUUUUAUUUCUA